AUGGCCAGCCCCAACGACGUUACCAUCGAUAUCCCCCUAACCACCGUCCCCAGUCGCGGCACCGGUGCCCGCAAGACAAACACCAACACCCUCGCCUCGCCGACAAGCUAUCCCAACGGCUCAUCAGACGAUGAAAAAUCGGCGAAACGACCGGGUCCCGGUCGACGGAAAAAGACUGGCACGGGGGAAUCGAUUCAAACCGAGGACAGCGAUGGAGCCCUCAACGCAAUGGGCAGGUUUUAUUUUGCUGUCUUGAAUUUCUCAGUCGUCACUCGUUAUUUCAUCUAUGUCUCGCCAUUGGCGUUUUUGAUUGCUAUCCCUAUUAUUAUCGGUGCCACGGCUGCUCCGAACGCGGCCAUUGGCGGCGUGAGAAUUCUUUGGUUUUUCACUUGGAUUGAAGUCGUCUGGAUCAGUUUGUGGGUUUCCAAAAUUUUGGCCCAUUUCUUGCCAUUCCUCUUUCAGUUUUUUGCUGGCUUUGUCAGUCCCGGGACGAAAAAGUAUGCACUUAUUAUUAGGGCAUUGGAAAUUCCCCUGUCCCUGGUGGGCUGGGCUCUUGUUUCUUUGGCCACGUUUAUUCCUAUCAUGACGCAGAAUCCGACGCAGCGGGCCAACCACGAUACUGCUGAAAAGAGCUGGGAGGCGACUGUCAAGCAGAUUCUGUUUGCUUUACUUAUUUGUUCUCUGAUUUUCUUGGCAGAAAAGGCUCUCAUUCAGUUAAUUUCUGUCAGCUACCACCGCAAGCAGUACGAUCUUCGCAUCAAAGAGUCCAAGCACAAUGUCGAACUGCUCGGCCAUCUCUACGACGCAUCCCGCGCCAUGUUCCCGGAGUACUGCAAGGAGUUUGCCGAAGAAGAUGAAAUUAUCUCCGCCACCAUUCUCGCUGAUAAGAAAAAAGGCCACAAGCGUGGAAAUUCGGUUGCUCCGCUACGCUUGAUUCGCAAUGUUGGACGCGGUGUCGGCCGCGUCGGCGACAAGGUCACCGCUGUGUUUGGUAAUGUUGCUCAAGAGAUUACUGGCAAGAACAUUUUUGAUACCGGAUCUGCUCAUUCAAUUGUUACGCAAGCAUUGGACAAACGCCAUUCGUCGGAAGCUUUGGCCAAGCCGAGGAAGAAGCCAGAGAAUGCUUCCAUAUUCUCGAUCGCGAUGGAAACGGCGACGUCAGCAUGGAAGAAAUGA